GAUAGUAUGUAGAAUGCAACGUUCGAGUUUGCAGGUCUAAUAAAAUUAAAACUUGAAUUUGAUCUGCUAUCUACAAUUAGAACGUCGUCUACAAAAUUAUAUCGAUCCUUUCAGUCGAUAGUAACAGAAAUGGAAAGUAUUGUUAAACUAGCCGCACCACACGACAAAGUUAUACUAGAAAACUAUGUGAAAAGAUGUGCUAUGUUACAUAUAUUCCUUACUUUUGGAUUUUAUUUAGCCGGUAUGAACAUCGUGUUGGGACCAAUAUUUCUAUCGCAAUCGUUACCAACUUUUGCUGUUUAUCCUUUCGACAUGGAAUCACAUCCCAUUUACGAAAUUGUUUAUAUUCAACAAGCAUUUACAUGUAUACAAGCUUCUACAGGUGCAACGAUUGAUUGCCAAGUCGCACUUUUACUAUGGUUCGCUGGUGCAAGAUUUGAAAUGUUGGAAAUUGAAAUAGCCAAUACCGUGGACGAGUAUGAUCUCAAUCGAUGCAUAGAGAAACAUCGUCAGAUACUGAGUUAUGCAGAAAAAGUAGUAAAAACUGUACGUUUUGUGAUCCUUGCCACUGUUGGUAUUACGACCAUAUUAAUAGUAUUCAGUGGACUCUUACUCUUAUUUUCAGAUUCAAUUACGGUCAAAUUCCAAUUCCUCGUUUUGGAUAUUGUCGCCAUUAUUCAAUUAUUCCUGAACUCAUAUCCGGCAGAAAAUUUAAUAGAAAUGAGUUCUGCAAUUGGAUUGGCAGCUUAUGAUUUGAAUUGGUUUGAUAAAUCACGAAAAAUGUGCAAAAAUUUAUACAUUCUAAUUCAAAGAUCGCAAAAGCCAGUGACAGUCAGUAUCGCUGGAUUUAUCCCUGAAUUAUCUUUAACUUAUUACAUGUCGUCAGAUUCAGUUACGGUCAAAUUCCAAUUCCUCGUUGUGGAUAUUGUCGCUAUUAGUCAAUUAUUCCUGAACUCAUAUCCGGCUGAAAAUUUGAUAGAAAUGAGUACUGCGAUUGGAUUGGCAGCUUAUGAUUUGAAUUGGUUUGAUAAAUCACGAAAAAUGUGCAAAAAUAUAUGCAUUCUAAUCCAAAGAUCUCAAAAACCAGUAACAGUCAGUAUUUCUGGAUUUUUAUCUGAAUUAUCUUUAACUUAUUACAUAUCGGCAGUAGUUAUAAAUAUAUCUCUUUCGUACGAUCCUUUUCUUCUAAUCCUAUCCAAAGAAUUUAUUGUUGUAUUUCUGUUAAUAAUGAUAUUUAACAUAACGCCGGAAACUGCUUUGAAAUUUACAAAAAUGAGUGUCGUCAUAAUGGGCUGUUGGCCGCCCCCUUUAAACGCAACAAAAAAACAACUACUCUUGCGCGACAUUUAUUGGUGGAUGUCGUUCGUAAUCGCUACGUUCUUACUUUUAGCAUUAAUUAAUGGGAUUUACGAGCAUCGUCGGAAUACUUUAAUCACGAUACAAACUACGUGCAUUCUCGCGGGUGUUUGUCAAAUGUGUAUAAAGAUGGUGAUAUUGAGAAAGCAACGUUGGAAAUUUCAAUCGAUAAUCCUGGAAAUGGAAAAUUUCGUGAAACGAGCUAACCCGUUGGAAAAAACCAUAUUACAAAAUUACGUGAACAGGUGUGCGGUUUUUCAUUUAACUACAACCAUUGGCUUUUACGUGAUUUGUUCAGGUCUUAUUUUAGGACCGGCGAUAUUAUCUCAACCAUUUCCAACAUUCGCAAAGUAUCCUUUUCAAGUGGAUUCGCAUCCUAUAUACGAUAUAGUUUACUUUCAGCAAGCAUUCGUUGGAAUGUUAGCAACCGUCGGUGGUACCAUUGACUGUCAAGCUGCAGUUUUACUUUGGUUCGCUUCUGCGAGAUUUGAAAUGUUGUGCAUAGAAUUAACGAGAUUUAUCGAUUUAUACGCGGAAGACGUCGUGAUAUCUGUGCGUUAUAUUAUUUUUAUAACUACUUGUAUUUCGACUUUGAUCAUGAUAUUCGGUGGAUUACAACUUAUUUUUGCAAAAUCAACAAUCGUGAAAAUUCAAUUCGUUAUUCUCGUUAUUGGUUCAGCGAUUCAAUUAUUUUUAUGUUCUCGUCCAGCUGAAAAUUUGUCAGGAAUGAGCACAGCUAUUGGAUUAUCGGUUUAUAAUUCUAAUUGGAUUGGACAAUCUACAGAAGUAUUGAAAAAUAUAUGCAUUUUGAUUCAAAGAUCUCAAAAACCUGUAAUUGUUACCAUCAGUGGAGUUUUACCAGCGUUAUCUCUAAAAUAUUAUGCUUCGUUUCUAUCCUCGUCAUUCUCGUACUUUACAACGUUACGUGCUGCAGUCAUUUAAACAGUAAAUCAAAUAUCGAUCAAAUAACAGUAGAUCGUUUAGAUUGAUUGUUAUUAAUACAAAGAUUUAAUUUAAAAAAUCUUA